UCCGCCUUCCCGGCAGCCCCUGCGCGCGCGUGCGCGCUCGGUGACCUUUCUGACUUGACUGCAGGUUUGUGGUGGUCUGUGAGGCGUCUGUCCUGCGCAAAGAUGCUUCAAAGUAUUAUUAAAAAUGUGUGGAUCCCCAUGAAGCCCUACUACACCAAAGUUUACCAGGAGAUUUGGAUAGGAAUGGGGCUGAUGGGCUUCAUCAUUUAUAAAAUCCGGGCUGCUGAUAAAAGAAGUAAGGCUUUGAAAGCUUCGGCGCCUGCUCCUGGUCAUCACUAACCAGAUUUACUUGGAGUACCUGUGAAAGAAAACAUCAGUCCACCUGUAAAUUUAAGCAAGCCGUAUUAGAUGGGGAGCGUGGAACGUCCCUGUACACUUGUAUAAGUACCAUUUACUUCAUGGCAUGAAUAAAUGGAUCUCUGAGAUGCACUGCUACCUGGUCCUGCUUUCAAUGUGUUACCCCCUCGGCCUCCUCCAGUGUGUCGGACGUACUCUGAAUAGAUCAUUUGUCAUGCAGCAGAUGCAAUCAGAAUCUCACUGAGCCACCCAUCAUUGUGAAAUAAUUAUCUUAGUUGUCACAGGAGUUGGUGAUCAGGAUCCAGGCACUCACUUGGAUUCUACUGCUUAAUAAAUGUUUAUUAAACUUGAUCCUGAUACUU